GCGUCGGUGUACAACAACCGCACGUCGACAGCCCCGAUCUGGGCUUAUUCGGCCGACUCGGGCUACCCGGCAACGGCGACGGCGACGGCGACGGCGACGGCGACGCACUUUCCGUCUCCUCGCGUCUACUCCAACCUGGCGCCGGCCUCGGCCAACGCCUCGGCUUCCGCCUCGCCCGGCUCGCCCGCCUCCCCACCCUCGCGGCUCGACCAGCACGCACCAGCGCCCCCACAACACCAGCACCAGCACCAGCACCAGCAAAUGCACCACUUCUCGCUCCUCCUGCCCCCGGCGCCCCACCCGCCCGCCGGACUCGACAACCAGCCCGACGACCACCUGCUGGCCUCGGCCCCUGCCCCCUCCGACAGCCCCGCGCGCACGUCGCCCUCUCAGCCGCUCCGCCCACCACCCUCCAGUCGGACCGGCCUCUUGUUCGGCUAUCCGCAGCCGGCCGCCCACCUCUACCCGCCCGGCCCCGCCCCCCCGGCCUCGUUCGGCCUCUCGCACAUGCUUCACGCCGUCUGGCCGCACCAGUCCGCCAGGCUCGACCAAUCAGACGCGAGCAGAUCAAGCCAGCCCUCUCGCUUCGAUCGAUCCGACGCGACGACCGACGCGCCUGAGCCGCUGGGCAAUUGCCAACGCCGACGCGUCGAAGCGCCGACGCGGGCAGAGGCGGAGCCGAAAGCGGAGGCCGAGGCCGAGGUCGAGGUCGAGGUUGAGGUCGAGGCAGAAGCGCAGACGAAGGCGGAAGUGGACGCAGACGUAGACGUAGACGUAGACGUCGAGGUGAAAGCGACUGCCGAGACGGACGCCGAUUGGCUCGACGCCUCGCAACCGCCCACGCACGCCGGCCACGGCCGCUUCGAGUCGGUCUGGUCCGCUCGAACCGCCUAUCAGCUGCCGCCUCAUCCGCCGCCGGCCCCCCUCACCUACCCACAAACGAUGUGCCCGCCCACCCUCUCCGAACUCGGCCAGGCGACCCCCUUUGCCUGCCCCCACCCGCUCGCCGUCGUCUCCGUCACCUGCCCCGCCUACCCUCCUCCAAACUGCGACCCCCUCCGCCACCACCACCACCACCACCACCACCAUCUGCCCCCCCAAGCCCGCCGC